AUGUAUUUAAAUCUAAAAAUUAAUAAAAAUUAUAAGAAUUUCUUGAGCGUUAAUGAAGAAAUUGCUAUAGAGUUUAAUUGUGACAGAAGCACAGUAUCAAAAAUACUUAAACAAAAGCAAUGGUCUAAUGUAAAGGAAAUUUUGCCGAAUUCAAAUGUGCUUAAAAUAGUUGGCCCUAAAUUUCCUCAAGUUGAAAAAGCUCUUGAAAUGUGGGUUGGUACUGCUGAACAGCAACAGCUCACACUUAUUGGUGAUGUAAUUCGUCAAAAGGCCCUUCAAUUUGCAAAAUUAUUAAAUGUUUCAGAGGAUGAAUUUAAGGCAUCUCAAGGAUGGCUUAUACGAUUUAAAGAGCUUCAAAAUAUUUUGGAAGGUUAUGAACCAUAUAAUAUUUUCAAUACUGAUGAAUGCAGUUUAUAUUACUGUAUAGAUCCUAGUUUUUCUCUUUCAACAGUUGCACAAAAGGCUAAUAUGAGUGGAACAGAAAAAAUUACUUCUUUAGUAAUCAAUAAAUCUAAAAUGCCAAAUGCAUUUCAUGAAGCAUGUAUUACUUCCUACAAUCAACUACUUGUUGAUUAUCAUUAUAAUGAAAAGGCAUGGAUGCGUCAGAACAUAUUUAAGAAAUUUCUUGAUGGUCUUCAAAAUAGGUUUAGAAUUCAAGAAAGAAAAAUUUUACUGCUUGUUGACAAUGCUACCUCACAUGCUAUCAACAAUUCCAAAGAGUAUCCAAAUAUUUUGAUUAAUGAUUUUGAUGAAGGUGUUGAAAAACCAGAAAAAAUUGAUGUCCUUCAGGCAAUGAGACUAGUAAAAAGUGUGUGGGAUGAAAUAAAAGUUCAUAUUUCUGAAAUUGUUACUGCACAAUGUGAGGCCCAAGAAAUAAUUAACCUAACUGAUAGCUCUAAUAUCCAACAACUUGCACAGGAUUAUCUUGAUAACGAUGAAUUUAUUGCUACUGAGGAGGUGAUAGAUAAUAACUGA